GGAGAAAUAUAAAAACUCCGCCGGGCUUUUCGUUUUCGUGUGGACGGAAAACAUUUUGAAAAUGGCGUCACGAUAAAAUGUAACUUCCCUGAGUGACUGAGCUCGAGUUUUCUUCAAACACAAAUCCAAAAUGGCCAGUGUUUUUUGCGUAGUGUGAACUGAAAACAUUUCAUGCAUUUUCCGAGUGAAGCCGAUCCGUUUUAAAGCCCUGGCCAAUUGGACUCACAAGUAGACGCAAGUUGAAAACUUGGGUCUGCUUGCGACUCCGUUUGGCCAGGGCUGGCGUACACUUGCGUUGACUUGCGAUGCCUUGGGCUCACUUUGGUCGAGAUCUUGCAAAUUUGCAAGCAAGUCGACGCAGGUUUUUCGCGGUCUGGCCACCCAGCCUAAGUCAACGCAAGUUGAGUGACGUCCAUACGUUUUUAUAGCAAUCUAUAAGCCAAUGAAAUACAGUCUUGAAAGCCUUGAAAUGUUUUUUUUCCUUUUUGCGACUACUUGUGUGUCCGUUGAAUUCCUCCGGCGUAGUACCAGUGUAAACGGGGCCUGAGUGCGACUGACCUAACCUACUACGUCAAGUUUAGCUUGCAUGGGUAGAAUGGGAAGACAGUUAUCCACAGCGCAGCGUAAAUCUGUUAUUAUUUAGUUACUCACCCUGUUCCCUUUCAGGAACGGCUUAUCCCUGGCUUAAAAACAGAAUCAGUAACUAGACAAAACAGGUUCGAAGUCGGCUUCAUUUGAUCCGAAUAAAGUGGCAGUAUUUCAUGAAGAUCAAUAAUAGCAGCCAAAUGUUUGGAGAACAUUUUAAUUACUAAGGAAGAAAAAUAUAUUUAAAUUUCCUUUCCUUUCGAGACUUUUUUCUUUUGUACUUUUAAUUUAGUGUCGAAUUUUUCCGUCCCGCGUGCAAUUAAGCCCUAAACAUAUCUUUAAGUACUCUCGGCAACUAUGUCGUAUGCUUUUAGAAUCAUGUCUCGUUUACUUUCCUUAAAAUGUUAAAGAGCCAAUCAAAUUUUAUGCGGUUACGGCAUGUCGACAAACAAUUAAUCUGAUCAGGAAACACAGAACAGAAGGACAUCAAAUAACAUAUUUGCACGCAAACACGGACAGCAUUUAGAUCGUGCAAAUGAUUGCCGGCGCUUUUAAAAACGUUGUUGAAGUCGAAACGGGAAGAUUUUCAUUUGUAGUAAGUUUAUCAGCUUUUGGUCUUUCCUAUAGAUGUAGCGUGAGGCGGCUAAACUGUAAAGACAAGGUAAUUUUCCGUUCAGUUUACGUACAUGUUAAUUGUUCGGUAAGUUGUUUUUCUCGAAUAUGUUUACUACAUACAUGUGUUGGCCUAGUUCCAGUUCACGAGUCACUUCAGGUUUGAGGACACUGUGUGCCUAGGUGAUGCAAAAACAAAUCAAUAAUGAGACGCGGCAAUUCAUGCACGGAACAUUAGAUCUGGCGCGUUUUCUGACUUAUUUAUCGACACAGAAACAGAUGAUUAUCCCGAGCACGUUCGCGAUCAAUUCUUCGAUAUUGACGAGGCUGGCACCUGCUUCUAAUGUUUGCAGUUCAGGCGUCAAUAACCUGCAAGAAGCCAAGUUUGGGGGCUCACGCAGGGGCGGCGAGACCGCUAGAACGAGUUAGGAAACUGGGAGCAAGGAAACUUUUACAUUCUCGUUCCCAGUGUCGCCUGUCUCUCUUAGCAGGGGGGGCCUUGGUACAAGAAAAACUGAGGUGGUUGGCUAGGUUCUUGGGCUAAGAUUUUCCUAAUCCAAUACAGGUUUCCUUCCCAGAAUUAAGUACUUGUUGAACAAGGACCUUCAGGAAAUUCAAAACUGGCAAACAAGAAGAAUUUUCAGUCAAGUCGUACAUAACGAAUCAUAUAUAUCAGAAUGCAGCUUAGAGAUCGACCAGUGGAUAUUUUUUAGAAUAAAACCAGCUUCGAAUCGAACUAGCGAGGAUUAUCUUAGAUUUAACAAUAUUUCAAAUGUAAAGAAUGUAGUCCUCAAAUUUAGCCGAUUAAGUGUUGUGUCGUCAGCCACCAUUUCCUCGUGCAAAGGCCCCUUCGGCUAAAAGAGACAGGAGGGCUCUGGGGACGAGAGUUGAAGCAGGAAACUGUCAAAACGCUUGCCCCAGAUUCCUUGCGACUCCAUCGCUCACUACUUGCGAUUGAAGUGCAGGCUCCUCUUUUCCGAACUUGCUUCAAUUUUGAUGCGAUUUGUCUAGAAAUCAGUCUCAAUUCAAUGGAUAUAAAUUUAAAUAGACCUAGUACUUCUAACUCAAAGGACCUGUUAUCGAAGAAGAGUGAAAGCAGUACAUCGUAUUCAGUUUUGUGCCGGCCUAGCUAUUAAGUAGUCAAACUGGACAGCAAAUCCUGCCUUCGUGCAAAAGGGUGUUAAAAGUUAAGGUUUUACACUUUGCUUUACUCGCUAGAAGGGUGUUAAAGAAGAAAAUUUUUUUUUUCCCGGAGCCUGGCAACCAACACGUGAACGGAGUGAGAUUAUAUUAUUCAAUGUUUUCUAUUUUCCUUGUUCGUUCCAUUUAUAUUGCGUCUAGCUGUCAGCAUUGUGUUGGCUGUUUUUAUUCAACGUUUGCGUUUAAUAAAUAUUAAUUGGCAAACUUCAAAACUUCAGCCCGCAAUUGUUUUAGAGCACGUACAAAAUUCAAAUCUAUCAAUCCGGGCAGCUGUCAAAAUCACACAAAAUUUAAUGAAACGAUAAUUUGUACACAAACGAAAGAUUUGUUAAGAAAACUUUAGACUAAAAUCUCUUUGUUAUGCUCUUGAGACUUGUUUUAACUUUCGCGGUAAUCCAUCGCUUUUGAUGUUAGCCUAUCGACGGGGGGUGAUCUAUAUUAAGGAGGCAUAAUUAAUUGUCGGGAUGUUAGGCAAAAAGGUAAUGAUUGCGACGUUGAUCUAACAACAACGACGAAAAUUAAUCAUAGUUUGUCCGUUUUUGCCGUCAUAACUGCUAAGAAAAUGCCCAAGUCGCUCGGUUGGUAUCGCUCAAAGUUAAUUAAGUAAUCUUGCGCUAUAGAUUUCGCCUGACGUGGUACACGUCAGGAAUUUAGCAAAGGUUUAAAAGGAUAACCGCGUCAAGAAUUUUCUUUAGUAGUCUAAAUACUGUGGAACUUCGCAUAAGUUUCGCAUUGGAGAUAGAAGAAAGUGAAAUGGUUUCAAUUUCGUCACUUUUCAAGGCCGACGCGGCCAAUGUCAAAAUGACUCAUUGUUUUAAUUUUAAAAUAACCUCAUAUUUAAAAUUUUAUGUUUGCAGUUUUAAUCUUCUAAAUUGCCGCCAAGUUGGACUAUUGAAUUUGACAUCUCGCUUAUGAUUCCGGGUGCGCGGGGCUUAUAGUAUCAUCAACUUUAGGUUUAGGAUCUGGGCUAGUAAAUUUUCGGUACAAAUCCACCCCUCCUCAUACUCCUGUUGAUUGACUCUUCGACAGCGCGAUUUCAUGCCACGGCUCCGUGCAACUUCCUGUUUGAAUUGCUCGAAAAUUAACAAGUCUUGAAAAGUCAAACAAAGAGAGCGCGGGCCGAAAUUAAUAAAAGCACUCAUUAUAUUUUACGAGCGAACUCAUAUGCAUGGUCGCAACACAGGUGUUGCUAGAGCAGGUUGUUACUCAUUCCAAGUUGGUCUUAAUAAUUUCGGUCCAGUUGAAUUAGAAAUCAGAAGAGGUCGCAAUUUUAGCUCCUUGUGACAAUUUCUCGAGGUUUGUUCUUCUCCGCCUCCGUAAAACGUUUGAUUAUAAUUCUGUUGAUCGUUCUGCAGAGGUAAACAAUUUCGCUAAAAUGUGACUUGAACGUAAUCUUAGAGUCAUCAAAACUUGACAGUCCGUUGAGUGAUCUUUAUAUGGAUAAGCCGAUGUCAAAGUUGCCUUGCGAGACAAUUAGCCUCGCUAACGCGCGUUCACAAUAGAGAAUCGUGUACCUUAGUUCUCCGGCAGUGUCUUUAGGACUCGUCACGACCGCCCAAAAGCUUUUGCAUGGAGAAAUAAUUCCUGUUAUUCUCAAAUCGAGGUCCAUGGAUUUGACGAAUUCAACGAACAGCACCAACUGCGUCGAUCCAGCAAAAGAUGCUUCGCUUUAUACAUCGCUGGUAUUUUAUUUUAUCAUCGCAGUCUUCGCCAUUUUCGGGAACGGGCUUGUGUGUGCAGCAUUCGCCACCAACAAACGCCUCAGGAUUCUGACCAAUUACUACGUCGUCUCUUUGGCAGUGUCUGACAUUCUGGUCGGGAGCAUCAAUAUUCCACUCUGGAUGUACAUCAAUAAAGACUGGUGUUAUUAUUCCACGGAUCUGUACGAAUCUUACGUUAUCUUCGAUGUCUUGUGUGGUACAGCUUCCAUUUGGAAUAUGACUGCCAUCAGCAUCGACAGGUUUGCAGCAGUGGUUUACCCUACAGUUUAUAAACAUCGCAUGAAGAGCACACAGGUCGCUGGAUGGACAAUCUUGUGUGUGUGGGUUUUCGCAACGUUCGUGGCCGUGCUCCGACUUGAAGUUCAAAACUUCAACUAUGCCAUGUUUGUUGUAACUCUCAGUUUCUUUAUACCCCUGUUGAUAAUUCUUGUAUCUUAUGGGAGCAUUUACCGCGUGGUCAGCUACCGCGCAAAAUGGACUGGGUCAGUAUUGAUGGAGAUCAAACUGGCGCGAACUCUCUCGAUCGUGAUUGGUGCGUUCAUUCUCUGCUGGGGGCCGUUUUUCAUCCUUAACAUCGUGACGUAUUACUGCAGGACAAGCUGCAACUUUGAAGUAGCCGUGAGGGUGAUUAAGUGGCUCCAAUACGCAAGCGCCUGCAUUAACCCAGUCAUAUACACCAUACGGAAUCGUGAGUUUCGUUUCACGUUUCACCGGUUGGUCUUCCGCUGUAAAUACAGAAAUGGCAAGUAUGUGUUUAAUCCCCAAGUGAAGCGUUCAACGCAAUGUGGUUGCUGUCAGCUCGGAGGUCCGUUAGAUGCGGAUUUUGGCGAGACUCGAUCGCGGUAUCCGACAUAUACCGAAGACGUUUCGAUUUACAAUUCGAACCGUCGACCUCCAUCGGCGCCUUCCAAAGUUCAAACGAUACCACUGGGCUUUGACAAUUUGUCUGCGUCAAAACAGUAAGAAAGUAGUGGCAAAUACCCGACAAAAAUCCCUUGCUUUGUCCUUCCGUGUCUCCGUCCUUCAAGAAGUAGACUCAUAUAUUAUACUCAAGAAAAGAAAAAGAAAAACCAGACGACAUAAAGAAUAUGACCUUCCAAUCCAAUGACAUGAAAAUGCACAGUCUGAUUGGAGUUCUACUUACGUGAUGCUUGCUCGCUGCACUGCAGUAAGCCUCCUUAAGACAAAACAGUGAAGACCUUAGAUGCCUUUUGAUUCAACGAGUAAAGUAUUUUUGUUUUACUGUUAGUUUCAAAGCUAGAUUUGCAUGGACAGGAUAAGGUAAAAAACCUGCGGAAAGUUUGUAAUUCUUUACAAGAUUUUGUAGUCUCGUUCAAAGACUAGUUUCACUAUAGUUAAUAACUCUGGAAAGCCCACUUUCAUAACACGCAUUCGCGUUUAGCGCACAAGUAACAAAACCAUUUCAUUUCGCUCGGGUUUGUCGUUUCCAGGUCACGUAUACUAAGGCAGCGUCCACACUACCCCGGAGAAAUUUGAAAACGCCGUUUUAUUACUUCGGUUUGGCGUACCGCCCACACUAAUCCAUCACGAAAACGGAGCUUUCGAAAACGCUGUUCAAACCGGAAGAAUUUGAAAACGCCGGCUUUUCGUUUUCGUAUGGACGAAAAACAUUUUGAAAAAAUAACUUUUCCAAAACGACGCAGUCACGAUAAUAAUUUGAUUUCCCAGCCCGAGUUUUCCUGGAACACAAUCCAAAAUAACCGGUGAUUGUUGCGUUUUUAAAUUCCCGUAGUGCGGACGCAAAACGUUUGAUGCAUUUUCAGGGUGAAAGCUCAAAUUACUCAUGCGUAGUGUGGAUGGGGCCUGAGUAAAUUUAAGAGAACUGUGACUACAAUUGAUUGCGACAUCCCUGAAGCUCCUUAUCUUUAUCCUCGAAGUUGCUAAGCAACAUCACUUCGUCAUGUUGGCGUGACUGUUUUCUGCAUAUAGUACUUGGACUUUGGUUUUGAUUCAGUGGAUGGAAAGAAUCAGACAAUCUUCGAUCGGAGGCUUUGACGAAGAUUUGCCGGGAACAGCAUCUAUUCCUUCGAUCGAAAUAGCGACGUUUUGAUGUUGUCUCUGUUUUCUGAUGAGCGAAAAGAAUUCGCAACCUUUGGGAAACGUUCGAGUAUUCAGGUCUUUUGUCCGACAACAAGCAGAAAUUGUAAGAUAGAUUUAAGAUAUUGACGCAAGAGAGACGGCUCUGGGCCAGUCUGAGCGUUGCAGUAGAAUAUGGUCUCCAAGAGACUUCAUUCAGUCUUAAGACUCAAACCCUGGGUACAUUUUAUAAUGUAAGUAACAUAGCUGUUCAUCUUUUAAUUUCUCCCUGCUUGGCAUAUGUACAAAUUAAACAAUGGUAAGAGAAAAUCAAAAACAGGAAAGGGGUAGUUUUUCCACA